AAUUGCAAUUCUUGUGAGGGAAGAGAUUAAGAGAUCAAUCAAACCCGUUCUCGCUAGCAAAUCAUGUCGAUAUCUAUUCCCGGAGACGCGCAGCUGGCGUACACCACCGUCGUCAAGGGAGACCCCAAGGUCGAAUGGGCCAUCUUCUCUUUGGCCUCGGCUGGAAGCGAGUUGAAGCUGCAAUCAACAGGAUCGGGUCUCGAUGACCUACAAGAAGAGUUUAUGGACGGUCGAAUUCAAUAUGCGUUCGCUCGGGUGGAAGAUCCCAACACCAACUUGGAGAGGUUUAUCCAGAUCAACUGGUGCGGGGAUGGUGUUGCUGCCUUCCAGAAGGGGCUGUUUAACACCUACUCUCCCCAGAUCUCGGGGUUCCUGAAGGCCACCCAUAUCGUCCUCCAAGCUCGAAACGAAGAUGACGUUACCCCUGAUCAUAUCUACAAGCGUAUGCAGGAAAGCAGCGGUUCCAAAUAUGGAGCAGGGAACGCUUCCUCGGCUUCGCCUGCGGUCGCGAACAAGCCUGCUCCGGCGUUUACAUCGGCACCCAAGCCUUAUGUACCCAGUUCGAGCUCGGCUUCGUCCUUCAACAAGCCUACUCCUGGACCUUCUUACAAUCGACCGACUGGGGCAUUCGACAAGCCGACCCCAUCGUUCAACAAGCCGACUACUUCGUUCAAUAAGCCCACUCCCGCUCCUGCAGCUGAAGCACCCCCAGCUCCUCCUCCCAGGGAACCUUCCCCGCCUCCCCCUGCUCCCGCCGCUGCUCCUGCUCCCACUCCGGCUACCUCGAAGCCUGCUGAGGACGACCGUAUCGCACCCGUCGGUACGGCCUAUGAGCCUGUAAAACUCGCCGCUCCCAAAAAGCUCGUCAACCGAUGGGGUCAAGGAGCCUUCAACAACAAUGACGAUGAGGACAAGCCUGACGAGAAGCCUAAGGCUGGAGGGUUCAGUGCGGCCAGGAGCGCUUUCAUGGGCGGUGCGGCUUCGAAUAAUGCUCCUUCGAGUGUUUCUUCGGGACCUACUCCCGGGAAGAAGUUGACCUGGAGCGAGAGGCAGGCAGAGGCUAAGAAGCAGAGGGAAGCGGAGGAGCAGGCCGCAACCGAAGCUAUGGGCAAGGUAUCGAUCUCGGCCAAUAACACCGGUACAAAGUCAUUCGGCUACGGCGCCUCCACCCCCUCGGCCCCCCCUCUUGCGCCUGCCGCUCCUGCACCUCCUGCGGAGGAACAAGAAGAGGAAGAAGAUAUCCCUCCCCCACCGCCACCUCCCCCUGCGCCCCUGCCUCCUAGAGUGCCGGAACCGGAGGUCGAGAGCAAGGCUGAGAACGAGGACGACUGGGAUGACGCACCUCCUGCGCCUCCCCCUCCUCCUAUGGCUUCCAGGCCGGCUGUCCCCGUUGUGGCUGCCGUCGAGGAAGAUGAGGACGAGGCUCCUCCUCCCCCUCCGCCGCCUCCCCCCAUGCCCAACUUCGAUUCCGAGCCUCCCGCUCCUGCCGCACCUGCCGCGCCUCGCAUGCCCGCUCGAGCGCCGAGUCAAGCUCAGGUGAAGAACCCGGCCGGAGGACCCAAAGCCAAGGCGAUGUACGACUACGACGCUACGGAAGAUAACGAGAUCAGUUUCAAGGAAGACGACAUUAUCGAGGGGAUCGAGCAGACCGAUCCUGACUGGUGGACCGGCGUCGACCCUCGAACUGGAAACAAAGGUCUGUUCCCAUCCAACUAUGUCGAGAUGGUUGGCGACGACGCCCAAGAACAAGAGGAAGAGGAGGACGUUCCUCCUCCGCCUCCUCCCCCACCUGCUCCUCCUGCCGCUGGCGGUAUGGGUAUGGGCGGGGCGGCUGCGAAGGGAAAGACGGCGAUCGCUCAGUACGAUUAUGAAGCUACCGAGGAUAACGAGAUCUCGUUUGCCGAGGGUGACGAGAUCAUCCAGAUUGAAGAGACCGACCCGGACUGGUGGACCGGUACCAACGCCAAGACGGGCAAACAAGGUCUCUUCCCUGCCAACUACGUCGAGGCUUCCUGAUCGGUAUGGCCUGCGCUUUUGUGACUUUCGAAAUGCCUUUGAUUGUAACUUUCCAGUAUCGAAAAGAAGAGAUCUCCAAGAUGAAACGUGUCCGGUGUC